UUAAUAUUGGAGAAACUUCAUGUCUGCACUGUUAUGAACAGCAUCAAAUCAGGAAACCAUGUUUUUUUCAUGGGCCGCAUUAGGUAGUCGCGCAUACACCUAGAAUCCCUAACUUUGAUUUUCUCUGAAAUUUACCGCAUCGGUGUCACAUAUCGGUAUACAAAGUUAUUGGCAAAUUUCUUGAAUAUUCAAGUCUGCAGUAUGGAUGAAAAAUCUCAAGAGCAGCUUCUGCCUGCAACCGAGCCGCUAAAUCCACCCUGGACGCGUCGGCUAAUCACGAUCGACUGCUACAACCGGAUAUUCGCUACCAUCAUCUUCUGCACUCUUUUAAGUUUAGCUGGAGUACUGAACUCGUAUUUUCAGUGCACAAACGACAACAACGCAACAGCCUGCUCUAAUUUCAUACGGGUAUUUAUUGCGCCGGAUGACACCGACCAAGUGGAGAUGGACGACAGCGACAACACGUUCCAUUCAGUAUCUUCCAUUCCCAACGACCAAAGAAUGGCCAUCGAUGUCGGAGUGUUCCAGCUGGAUCCGUGGACAGCGGGAACCGAGAACAUCUCUAACCUAGGUAACAAUAAGCUGGUCCUCGUGUACGGCGACAUCACCUUUGCCGGUCGCGGCCACGACUUCUUCACCGGCUGCCCGGUACCGUCUUGCUUCGUAACCACCAACAAAUCCCUGUCCGACCGUGCUGACGCCAUUCUUUUCUACGCCAGCUACAUGAUCGACACCGCCCAGAAGACGCUGGACCGUCUGCCUCGGAAACACGGCGACCAGGUAUUCGUGUACGUCCAGGGUGAAUCACCUAUCCACAGUAUCCCGGGCGAGGGACUGGCGACAUCGCAUUUCUUCAACUGGACUAUGACAUACAGGCUGGAUUCGGAUAUUCGCGGGCACUACACGUACGCGGUACCGUUGCAGAAGAAGGCAAAGAAUUUCGCCAAGGGCAAGGAUAAACUGGUGGUGUGGUUCGCCAGUCACUGCAAUGUGCACAGUAAACGCGAUCAGUAUGUGCGCAAGCUGCAGCAGUUUAUCCCGGUGGAUAUAUACGGAAAGUGCGGGAAUCUGACGUGUGAUAAAGCUGAGCAUGAAAGCAAAUGCCGGGAUAUUAUUCGACAGUACAAAUUCGUUCUGGCAUUCGAGAACAGCAUUUGUCGUCAUUAUGUCACCGAGAAGAUUGUCACCGCGUACGACAACGACGUGGUCCCGGUGGUCAUGGGCGAUGGCGAUUACGAAAUCUUCCCGGAGCACUCAUACAUUCACGCCUUCGACUUUGCCAGCCCGAGUUCACUGGCAAAACAUCUGUGGCACUUGGCUAACAAUGAUACCGCCUAUAAUUUAUACAUGAGAUGGCGCUACAAUCCCCGUUUGACGCAGUCGCACGGAGAGUUCGCUGUUGAGCGCAAUGGAUAUUGUGAGUUAUGUAAGCGACUGCAUGAUCUCAAUGAAAACGUUAAGGAACAGAGGAAAUCCAUUGCCAGCAUUAAUCACUGGUGGAGAGGUCGCAAGAAGGAUGUCUGUGUUGGUAACUGGUACACGACGCCGAGUGUGAGACAUCAGUUGCGGCUGCGUCAGCGGUCGUCAAACAUGGACGCGUAUCUGUGAUACCCUAAAGUUAUGAUAUUUUUGAAAAUGUUUGAAGCGACUGCGACCGCUUUUUUGUUGUGUCGCGUGAAAAAUUUGCAUUUGUCUUCCGGAUUUUUAUUUUCUGUAAUACAGGGAAUGGGAAUCGCAUACAUUUGUUGGCGGUACGUUCACGGCUAAAGAACAAGACGCCGCUCUAAUAAGAAUGUACAAUAAACCUACCAUGCU